GAAUGCGGUGGUGUUAAUCGCGGUCGAGGAUGGAAUCAGCAACUGCUUUUCGGGCUUCUCAAAUUUCUAUUUCGCCUAAUUGGACAGUGAGAUCUUUGCCGCAGUUGGAGUUUGGCUCCGGGUAUCUCUUGGCUAAUGCUGGAGUGCAGAAAAUGCAGUCGUCUUCAAGCAUGAAGUUUGGAAGCCAAAAAGCUUAUCCCUUGUGCAAAAGGGACUCUGAUAUAAAAGCUUCUAUGCCUCGUGAUUCUGGUGCUCCAAUUGCUCCUCUUCAGCUUGAAUCUCCAGUAGGUCAAUUUCUCUGGGAAAUGCUGGUAAGCGACCCUCAUCUUGUACCUGCUGCUGUAGAUCAGCAGCUUCAACAGAUGCAAACUUACCGUCAUGCAGAUCAAAAGAAGGGUCCAUCCGCAUCUCCUGCUGAGCUUGUCUUAUACAGGAGAAUUGGGCAGCUUAGAGCCAAGGAAAGGAAACAGGCUUUGGAAGAGAUCUUGUAUGCUCUGGUGGUACUCAAAUUCAUGGAUGAAAAUGUCCCACUCAUUCCCGCCAUCGCUUCCUCCCUCGAGGCUAAUAAUAACAGUCGUGUGGAUGUGUGGCCAAAUGAAGACGAUAAACUGGAGCGGCUCCACUCUCCCGAAGUGCGCGACAUGAUACACAACCACUUGACUCUUCUUCUUGGAUAUCGGUACGAUGCUUCUGCCUCCAAAGUAGUCGACAUAAGCAAAUUAAGAAUCGGUCAGGCAUACUACGCAUCAGUGAUGUACGGAUAUUUCCUCAAAAGGGUGGACCGAAGGUAUCAACUAGAGAAGGGGAUGAAUAAUAAGUUACAAGAAAGGCUAACAGAGAAGCGGCGAAGCAGCAGCAGCAGCAGGAAGGCUAUGAGUAAUAAUGGUCCAGGGAUUCCAGCAUCGAGUCUGUGGGCUGGUAGCGGAUGUUUCGCUGGGACGACGCGUUGCAAAUUGAGUAGAUAUGUGAUGUCAUUUGAUGCUGAGACAGUGCAGGGAUACGCGUCGAUCAGGUCUGAAGAGGCGAUCGAUAUCGUGGAGAAACACAGAGAAGCAUUGUUUGGUAUACCUGCUGACGGAAAUUGUUUUGUGGAUGGAAGCAUUCAAAUUAGCCUCGGAGGUGUGAAGAGACUUGUUUUGGAAGCACUCACUUUUGGCUCAUUCCUACGGGAUGUGGAGAGCUAUGUUGACUCCAGAUGUCAUUUGCUUACAAAUUGGAUAGAUUGGUUGAUUGAUUGAGAGAGAUAUGGAAGGAGAGCUUAAAGAAGCACUCUCUCUCUCUCUCUCUCUCGACAUGGAUUUUGAGGAGAAAUAACAUUCCACAUACGUGAUGGACCUACCUGUAUAUAGUCAC